AUGAUGCGCCCACGGCCUGCGUCUUCCUUGCAGAAGACCUACGACGAAUGCUAUCUCGCGUGCUCUACUGCAGUAUACUUUGAGGGCCAGAACAACGAAGAAGAAGCAUUGCGGUCCUGGCGAUCCGCACUCGAGACCAUCUACCAUCACAAUGCCCGCCGUGUCCCAUCGACUUAUACACCGAAAUCCGAAACCGAGAAGGCCCUGCAGGACUCCAUUCGGGCGCUAGAAGUUCAAUGCCGAGAACGGGUAGAUCUACUGGGCGCCCUCCGAGCCAGCAGGAAGGAAUCCGCAGAGGCUAAUGGCGGAGGCAAAGAGAGCGCUACUCUUGUAAAGGGCAAAUCUGUUACCAGCGCACCGCCACCCUCGUCGUCCAACCUUCCCGGCUGGAUCGGAGAUGGAACCAUUCCUGCCGUCGGCUACACCGACCUUUCCAAACCCGCCGCUAUCCCCGGUCGACCUUCGCUGCCUACGAAACAAAGCUACGAGUCGCAAUCUUUGUAUGACGAUGCAGGCCCUUCGCAUUUGUCCGCGGCCGGCACGCCUGCGCUGCGGGUGAACUCGAAUUCCUCCGAGAAGACGAAAUCGCGUGGCUCCAGUCCCGAACGUCGGAAGCCGAUGCUGACGACUCUCCGCAGCAGUGAUGGCAAGAAGAAUGGCAAGAAAGUCAAGGUUCCGUCAAAGAAGAAAGAGUCCCGGCCUGCUGCCUCCAAGGCAGCGGGCCUCGCCUGGGGCAGUAUCUAUCGCUCUGCAUCUGGAGGGAAGGCUCCAAGCGAAGCCGCUCUCGCAUCUUCGCGCGCAAGCGCCACCGUUGAAUCUAGCCAUCGACGCGAUCCAGAGCCGAGAGUCAGUUCUGGGGAUGAGCCGCGGCCGACGAAAGUUCGCACUUCUCGUGAUUUGACGGGUGAUCGAAUCCCCACGGCCCAUUGGCGAGAGCCUCUUCGUGCCUCCCCGAAGAGGACUUCACCCAAGCUGCCUACACAGUCUUCACCGCGUCCGCCUCAACCUCCACCUCACAGCCCUCAAUUACCGCACCCGUCUCCAAUGUCCAUGCCAAACCCGGCUCAUUAUACAACCCCUCCCAAGCCAUCUGUCAAACCAAAGCCUGUUGCUUUGCGAUCUGCCCAGCCGCCUUCAAGUCAUCCAAUGCAGACUACUCGAUCUGAGCAGACCCUGCGGACGGUGGCACCUCGGCCCGACCGAGAAGCAAAUUCUUCGGUCGAGCGACCGCGAACAAAAUCUGCACCCAAAAUUCCUAGGGUUGGUGAAGCUUCCCGUGCUUCUCCUUCAUCUGGUAGUGGUGAUGAUCUUCACCGUGGAGUCAACCGACUGGCUAUUUCACAAAGAAAUGGGGACAGUGUAACAAGACGCAAGCCUCCGCCACUUAAACGGCGAGAGACUCCGCCAUCCAGCGAUCAAGAGUCCUCAGAUCCGCAAUCAUCCGCAAGCGAGAAUGAAGACGAGGACGAAGAAAACGACGAAGAUAUCAACAAAAUCUUGGAGAAGUUGCCCAAGGGCGUGGACCCUCUGUCUGCAAAGCAAAUUCUAAAUGACAUUGUAGUACGCGGCGAUGAAGUACAUUGGGAUGACAUUGCCGGGCUAGAAGGAGCCAAAAAGGCACUGAAAGAAGCAGUGGUUUACCCAUUCCUUCGCCCCGACCUGUUCUCCGGUCUCCGUGAACCAGCCCGCGGAAUGUUAUUAUUCGGUCCUCCGGGCACUGGUAAAACCAUGCUCGCACGGGCGGUAGCCACGGAAUCCAAAUCAACCUUCUUCUCCGUCUCAGCAUCAAGUCUAACCUCCAAAUGGCAUGGUGAAAGUGAGAAACUCGUGCGUGCCCUAUUCGGUCUCGCCAAAGCUCUCGCCCCAUCCAUCAUUUUCGUCGACGAAAUCGACUCUCUACUUUCCGCGCGCUCGUCGGGUUCAGAACAUGAGGCUUCCCGUCGCUCGAAGACGGAGUUCCUGGUUCAAUGGUCUGAUCUCCAGCGUGCAGCCGCGGGCCGAGAGCAAACAAGCCGCGAGAAAAAGGAAGGCGAUGCCAGCCGCGUGCUGGUCUUGGCUGCUACUAACAUGCCAUGGGAUAUCGACGAGGCGGCCCGACGUCGCUUCGUCCGUCGGCAAUACAUUCCCUUGCCAGAACAUCAUGUUCGCGAGCAGCAAAUACGCAAGCUUAUAGGCCACCAGCAUCAUGAGCUCAGCGACGCUGAUAUCCAAGUUUUGGUUCAUGUCACAGAAGGCUUUUCCGGCUCAGAUAUCACAGCUCUCGCCAAGGAUGCCGCCAUGGGCCCUUUGCGUAACCUGGGCGAGGCCCUCCUCCACACUCCCAUGGAUCAGAUCCGUGCUAUCAUAUUCCCGGAUUUCGAAGCGAGUUUGUAUUCCAUCCGGCCUAGUGUAUCUCCUGACGGAUUGAAGAAAUACGAGGACUGGGCGAGAGAAUUUGGCGAGCGAGGUGGAUAG